AUGGAAAGCAGCAUGUGCCUCAGCAGUGCAAUUUUAUCUCUGUGUUUGUCAUGUAUGUGGUUGGGAGUACUGCCUUACAUUUCUAGUGCACCGACAGACACCAUCAAACCUGGGGAAGAGCUUCAAUUCUCAGAAAAAUUACUGGUUUCUGCAAAAGGGACUUUUACUCUAGGAUUCUUCAGCCUGGAAUCUGGCAGUUAUUUAGGAAUAUGGUUCACAAUUGAUGCUCAGAAGGAGAAAGUUUGGGUUGCUAACAGAGACAAGCCUGUAUCCGGUACAGAUGCAAACCUCACACUGGAUGCCGAUGGAAGAUUGAUGAUCAUGCAUAGUGGGGGUGAUCCAAUUGUCCUGAAUUACAAUCAAGCAGCCAGAAACUCAACAGCUACUCUGCUUGAUUCUGGAAAUUUUGUUUUGGAAGAGUUCAAUUCGGAUGGAUCUGUGAAGGAGAAACUAUGGGAAAGUUUCGAUGAUCCUACUGACACCCUCCUGCCUGGGAUGAAACUAGGCAUCAACUUGAAAACCAGACAAAACUGGUCACUUGCUUCAUGGAUAAACGAACAAGUGCCUGCUCCUGGGACUUUUACUCUGGAAUGGAAUGGCACACAAUUGGUAAUGAAACGCAGAGGGGGCACCUACUGGAGCAGUGGAACCUUGAAAAAUAGGAGCUUUGAGUUCAUUCCUUGGUUGAGCUUUGACACUUGCAAUAACAUCUACUGUUUUAACAGUGUUGCUAAUGAAAACGAGAUUUACUUUAGCUAUUCGGUUCCAGAUGGAGUUGUUUCAGAGUGGGCGUUGAACUCGAGAGGGGGACUUUCUGACACAAACAGACCUUUAUUUGUGACGGACGAUGUAUGUGACGGGUUUGAGGAAUAUCCAGGGUGUGCAGUGCAAAACCCACCCACUUGCAGGACUAGAAAAGACGGAUUCAUGAAGCAAUCGGUUCAUAUAUCAGAAUCACCAUCAUCAAUAAAAGAAGAUUCGAGCUUGGGACCUAGUGAUUGUCAGGCCAUAUGCUGGAAUAAUUGUUCUUGUACUGCUUGUAAUACUAUAUACACUAACGGAACUGGAUGUCGGUUUUGGGGUACAAAAAUUACACAAGCCUACGCGGGUGAUGCAAAUCAGGAGGCGCUCUAUGUUUUAUCCUCAUCACGAGUUACGGGUAAGAGUCUCUCUGUAUUUAGUAUUCCUGAAAGUAACCAAGGCAAAGUAGUUGAUGAAUCCAACAUUUUUACUGAAUUUACAACCCUUAUAGGUGAUCAAAAAUUCAAAAUACCAUUAGAGGAGCUAUAUCAAGACCAUAAAAGACCCUCUCUCUUUCACUCAGUUCUGUUCUAA